UCCCCGUGUCUCGGCCCCGCCGCUCCGCGCCCCGGCACGAUGGUUCCGCGGGGGGCGGUGACAGCGCGGGGGGAGCACGGCCCCUUUAAGAGCGGCGCCGCCAUGAUCUGCCUGGUGCUGGGGCUCUUCGCCGGCCUCUUCCACAGCGCCUUCGGCGGGGUCAAUGAACGAACCUUCGUGGCCAUCAAACCGGACGGGGUCCAGCGGCGCCUGGUCGGGGAGAUCAUCCGGCGCUUCGAGAGGAAGGGGCUGCAGCUGGUGGGGAUGAAGCUGCUGCAGGCCUCGGAGGAGCUGCUGAAGGAACACUACAUCGCCCUGCGGGACCGUCCCUUCUAUGGCCGCCUGGUGAAGUACAUGAGCUCCGGGCCCAUCGUGGCCAUGGUCUGGCAGGGCCUGGAUGUGGUGAAGACAGUUCGCACCAUGAUUGGGGAGACCAAUCCAGCUGAAUCCAGGCCUGGCACCAUCCGAGGAGACUUCUGUGUGGAAGUCAGCAAGAACGUGAUCCACGGCAGUGACUCGGUGGAGAGUGCCCAGCAGGAGAUCUCGCUCUGGUUCCGCCCCGAGGAGCUGCCGUGCUGGGAGGACACGGCUGCACACUGGAUCUACGAGUGAGCAGCGAUCCCAAGGGAAGUUCAUCUUCCUGCUGGGACACAGCACACCUCCAUCCAUUUCAUGGCAGCUGCUGGGGCUGGCUGCAGAUCCUCUGUGGGAUUCCUCUUGUGUCUGUGGGAUUCUGGGAGCUGGGCUGUGCGUGGAAUGCUGGUUCAGCUCCUGCCAAGGGGAGCUCUUCCUUUUUUUCUCUCUCUGCUCUAGUAAGUAGUUGGUAUUGUUGCUCUGUUUGCUGCAGCAUCUUAAAUCCCAAGUAGCUCAAGCUGAUUAAUUGAAGCAAAACUCGGGCUCUUGGCCCAUUCCUGGGUGUUCUCAUCCCUGCCUGGAGCAGGAGAAUGUGUGUUCCUUGCUGCUGGGAGAGGUGCUGGUCACGAGGUGAUGGGCUUGACAAUUUACCUGCAUUUCUAGAAGGCUUUUCACCAAAGGCUCUUAAAGAAUUGGGCUGCUGUAGGAUAAGGGAGCAAAUUCUCAUUUUGGAGUUCACUCUAAGACAAGGAAUGAAGGAUGGGACAAUUCUCUCUCCCUUGGUGGGAGCCCUGUGUGCUGGGACUGGCAGAAGCUCACCCAGUUUCAGAUGUGAUGAAUGAGUCCGUGGAAGAAAGAUUCUCCAAAUGCUGCUAAACGCACAAUUCCUCAGGCUCUGCUUCCUGGGCUGUGGCUGCUGGGAGUGGGAAGCAGCUCCUUCAGGCCUGCUCUGGUUCUCUGGGGCUGCAUGGCCCUGACCCAGCCUGACACCAGAUUGUCCCUCCAUGGUCACUGAUGCGAGGCAGCAGUACUGGGGCAGCCACAGAAAUAGCAGGGGGAGAGGGAGGCAGGGAAGGAUUUGUGGACCUGGGGCUCGGGAAGGACUAUUUAGGGGAGUAUUUACCUCUCUCUUGUGCACAGCAGAGGCUGUGGAGUCCUGGCACUGAGCUCUGGCAGGUCUUGAGAUCUUCCUUGUCCCCCUGAGAGCUUGCAGUGGAGCUUUUCUGCUGGGAGGGUAUCUGGAAACCAGUUUGUAAUGGGCUGGACACCACCUGUGAGCUGUGCCUGGGCCACCCAGCUCCUCAGAGUUGUGCUGUGUCUGAGCUCCCUGUGCAGCCUCACCAGAGCAAAAGGACAGGGACAGUGAUAUGGAGUCCUGCCAUGGAACAGGGACAUGGAUAAAACAAGGGAACAAGAUCCCCAGGGCUUUACUGUGUGCAGGAUGAGUUUGACCUGUGCCCUAAAAGCCUGUCCCUGUGGGUCCUCAGUUUUGUAGGUGCUGGGGAAUGAGGGCAGCUCUUAGGGAGCAGAGUGAAGUCACCCCCCCUCGUGCUCCGUGCUGGUCCCACGGUGGUGGGGCUGAGCAGGGCAGGGCUGGGAGGUCUCCCUCUAGUGAGUGGGGCUGUCCAGCUGCCUCAGCCAAGGCUCCUCCUGCCUUGGGGCCUUCUCCAAGCACCUGUGUCCAGCUCUAAAUACCUGACAGAUCCCAUUUGUUCCUGGAACUUGUCCACUUGGCUGAACUUGGAGUCUGGCUGCAGCAGGGCUGCAGGAGAAUGCGCUGGUGAAGACCGAGGUAUGAAGCCAGUGGGAGGAAGGCCAUGUUUGUUGUUUAACAGAUGCACUGAGAAGAGCUGUUGGCACCAAGAACUGCCAGCUCUAACACAGGAAAACUGUGCCCAAAUAGCUGAGCUUCGUCUCCUUCGUCUCUGAGCCUCUUCCUGAAGGAUCCCUCUUCUCCCUGACUACACAGACAGGAUUUAAGAUGCCUCCUGUUUGAAAGUGCACUGAACUCCAGUCAGAUAACAGACCUGACUCAUCAAGCCACAGUCCCAGGCCAGUCCUCUCCUCUCUGUGUGUGUAGGUUUGGUGUCUGCCAUGACCUCGUCCCACUCUGGGGCAAGACGGAGCAGCAGCUGCAGGGAAAGGGCCCCCAGAGACACUGCUGGGAGCAGGUACAGGAGCUGAGCUCUGGGGGUCUUCCUCGAGCCCCUGGGCACUUUUAAUUGCUUUGCAUGUUGUUUUCUGCUGCUUUUCCUCUGUCCAAGACUGUGCUAAACUGUAAUAAUAAAUGUAGAAGCUGUC